AUGACAGCAUUGCACACUGAAAAGCCAGCAGCGACUGGCAAUGGAAAUAAUGAACAAUCAGAGCUGGAGCUCAAGGUGUUCAAGGUGCUGGCGGCAUUCUCCCAGAGUCUGGAAAAAAGUCUAAUCACCAGCCAGACAUCGGUCAACGAGCUCUGUAGGUCACUGAAUCAAGCGCCCAAGACUGGACAGCAGGAACUAAAGAGCAUAAGUCAACUAUCUGACCAAACAAACGUUGGUCUGCUAACUAUACAGAUGGUGCGAUGUGUUAUACAGCGAGCCGACUCACUGUCCAACCAAAUCGCAGCACUACAACACUCUGUUGCCGCAUCAAAGUCAAGCAGCAACCUCAGCAUCAACAACAAUAAUAGUAUUAAUAACCAACAACAACAACAACAAGUAGAAAGAAAGAAGGAGGUGGCCUUGGCACCACCUUCGGGAAGCUCAAGCCCAAGCGACACAAGUCGCUCAAACAAUAGCAGCAAUAGUAACAGCAACCUGAGCAUAGGUGGUUCGUCAACAAAGACAUUAGGCAAGACCAGAAACAGCUCGGACUUUGACACAAAGUAUCAGACAGAGAUGCAACUAAAUGCCAUGUUGUCAGAGUUCCUGAAGGAGGACUUUGAGAUUGCCUCAACUCUCAGCGAUGACAGUCAGUUGGACGGUGGCGACGUGCUUGUCCAGACAGAGAUCGAAGAGACAGCCGACCUAAAACAGACAUCUUCAAGCAAAUCGCCCAUGGGUGCCAGUGCUACCCUUGGCUCAUCGGGAUCAUCUCUCAACAUCUCUCCACUAUCACGCUCCACCUCAUCAAUGUCACCAGCGGCCAACCCUGGAACAACCUCGCCGAAUCAGUUCCAGUCGAUGGGAAAUCUACAGAAUGUAGACUCGCCAGGUCGUCAGCCAGGAAGCACGACGGGAGGCGGCAACAACAACAAUGGUGGCGGCGGUAGCGGAGGAGGUAGUGGCGGUGGACCACCCAAGAAGGCUUAUCUAACUGACCUACUGGACCAAAUUGAUCAAGAGAAUGGAGGCAAAGAUAAGAAGAAAGGAAAGUUCAAGUUCUUCUAG